AAGAAGAUAACCAAAUCCAAGACUGAACUUCGCUCCCUCUCACUCUCAGACACUCUCUCACUCCAAUGGAAGCUCUGGGAUUUCCUACAAUCAAUACUCACACCAUUUCGUGCUCUAGUUUUCAGAAACGAACACCCACCAAAUUACCAUAUCAAACAAACCAUUUAUCAGGCUCUUGUUUACAACCAGCAAGACUCUCCUACAGAACUCACCGUUUUCGUAGGAGUGCCACACGAAUGCAAGCUGACAAUGAAGAUUUCGAGUUGAAACAAAUGAGAGAUAUGGCUGCUGCCAAAAAGAGAUGGGAUGCUCUGAUUAGGGAUGGAAAGGUUAAACCUUUAACACCAAGAGAAGCUGGCUAUGCAAUUCAGCUAUCUAACAAAACCCUUCUUGAUGUUCGUCCCUCUACAGAACAUAAAAAGGCAUGGGUCAAAGGCUCAACUUGGAUUCCAAUUUUUGAUGUUGGUGAUGAGUUCGAUGCUGGAACUCUUUCCAGAAAGAUCAUGAGCUUCACUAUGGGGGGUUGGUGGAGUGGCGUGCCUACAUUGUCGUAUAACAACCAGUUCUUGUCCAAGGUUGAUGAGAAAUUUCCCAAGGAUACAGAUCUUAUUGUUGCAUGCCAGAAGGGAUUGAGAUCUAUUGCUGCUUGUGAGGUGCUGUACAAUGCUGGCUACAGAAACCUUUUCUGGGUUCAGGGGGGUCUAGAAGCUGCUGAAGAGGAGGAUCUUGUCAGAGAAGGCCCACAGCCAUUUAAGUUUGCAGGAAUUGGUGGGGUAUCAGAGUUCCUCGGUUGGACUGAUCAACAAAGAGAAGCAGCUGCUAAAGAAGGUUGGGGUUACCGAUUUAUGUUCUCUGCUCGUCUGGUUGGAGUCUUUCUGAUUGCUGAUGCCUUGUUUAUUGGUGGUCAGCAGCUAAUUCAUUAUCUCCAGGGUAUAAGGCCACACUGAUUGCUGGCCAUGAAUGUAUUCGAUUGAAUAUCAAAGUACAACAUUUUGCAGUGGUAGUUCACCACAGAGAGACACCGGAUUUACUCUAGGACAACAGUUUUGGGUGCCGGAGUACCUCAGAAAGCAGUUUGUAUUCCCAUUAUUGUUCGCACCAGUAGAUGAAAGUUGGAUCUAAGCAUGAUUUGUACCGUGUGUGCUGCAUGUAAUUAGUUUAGAAAAUUUUGUGAAAACACUUGUGUAUAUGCCUCUAAUGUUCUUAUUUGUAUUUUUUUUUGCCCAAAUUCAGACAUUCAUCUCAAGUUAUGGAGAGCUUAAGAAAUUGUUUGCAUAUGUAUUAGCUAACCUUUGAAACCA